AUGGGCCUUGGGCGGGUUAAUAGACCGCCAUCAAGACCCGUCACCCCAAGGCCCGUUACCCCAAGGCCCAUUGCUCCGGCAUUAUAUGAUAGUAUGCAAGAUGGACAAAGACCAUGGUGGAUGCUUAACUGGUUUAGUCCACAAUCAAUGCCCGUUAGCCCAUCCCCGCAGCGUCACCCCUUCAGAUAUUCGGAUAUGACUCAAGAUAGUGGUUUCUUUCCCGAACAACAGUCGCAGACUACAUUAUCUCAAGUUAGACGACCUGCAACGCCUUCUCCACCUACAACACCGGGGAGUACAGACUACAGACUACAUCACAAUAAAACGUCUUAUGUCGUCGUGAAUCACAGCGCGAUGUCCGUCAACACGAAGAGACAACAACAGCGGAACGCCAAAGGCCCGAACGACCCGAAAACCGCUAACAGCUCGUCGAAGAGGAAGAAGCCCGAGGAUUCAUCGGAAGCCGGCCCGCUGGACGUGGGCGAACACUGCAUGGUCCGCCGACACGAUGACUCGUUGCAUUCCGCUGAAGUCUUACAUACGAGGUUCAAUGAUACAGAAAAGCGUUUUGAGUAUUAUGUACAUUAUGAAGGGUGCGACCGAAGAUUGGAUCAAUGGGUACCGAGAGAUAGGAUAAGGAAUUCAAGAUCUGAUAUUUCUGAGAAAAAUUGGAAACAGAAUGAUGUUAAUAAAAAUGUAGAUGUUCUAAAUCAGUCCGACAGAAAGAUGACAAGGAACCAAAAACGUAGACGCGACGAGAUAAAUCAAGUUCCAAUGUCUUAUGAAGAAAUGGAUCCAACUACAUCUGCAUUGGAAAAAGAGCACGAGGCGAUAACUAAAAUUAAAUACAUCAAUAAAGUACAGUUGGGAAUCUUUGAAAUUGACACGUGGUAUUUUAGUCCAUUUCCAGAUGAAUACCAAAAAGAAUCUAAAAUUUGGAUUUGUAAAUAUUGUUUAAAAUACUGCAAACUAGAAAAAUCAUUCAGAUACCAUAUGACCCAAUGCAAAUGGAAAAACCCCCCCGGUGUUGAAGUGUACCAUAAAGAAUCAUUAUCAAUCUGGGAAGUGAAUUCCAGUCAACACAAAUUGUACUGUCAGAAUCUUUGUCUGUUGGCUAAGUUAUUUUUAGACCAUAAAACAAUCUACUUUGAUGUUGAACCAUUUUUGUUUUACAUCCUUUGGAAAGUUGACAAAGAUGGUGAACAUUUUAUUGGAUAUUUUUCAAAAGAAAAAGAGUCACAAGAAUGCUACAAUGUAGCUUGUAUAUUAACAAUGCCACCAUUCCAGAAAAAAGGUUAUGGUAAACUAUUAAUAGCGUUCAGCUAUGAAUUGAGCAAGUUGGAAGGACUUGUAGCCAGUCCUGAAAAGCCAUUGAGUGAUCUUGGUAAAUUGUCAUACAGAUCUUAUUGGUCGUGGAUACUGUUGGAAAUUCUGAAAAAUGCUCGUGGAUCUUUAUCAAUUAAAAACUUAAGUGAGAUGACUAGUAUUACUCAAACGGAUAUCAUUUCAACGUUGGGAUCUAUGAACUUGGUGAAGUACUGGAAAGACCAAAAUGUGAUUUGUGUGACGCCUAAGAUCCUUGAACAGCUGGUUAGUUCAGAACAUUAUAAACGACCAAGAUUCAUAUUGGAAGGAAGUGAUAUUAAAUGGAUGCCAAAAAGACAACCACUCCCAGGAUCAUUCAGGAGGCACUCAAGAUCCUUAGCUAGAUAA